AUGGCGACUACAAACUUAAAUCAAACCAGGAAACUUUCAAAGGAAAGUAGACGCUCUUCAAUUCAGUCAGUAGCUCAGCAAGAGGCUAAGUCGUCCCGACGCUCUUCAAUCCAGUCAGUAGCUCAGCAAGAGGCUGAGUCGUCCCUACACUCUUCAAUUCAGUCAGUAGCUCAGCAAGAGGCUAAGUCGUCCCGACGCUCUUCAAUUCAGUCAGUAGCUCAGCAAGAAGCUAAGUCAUCCCGACGUUCUUCAAUUCAGUCAGUAGCCCAAGAAGCUAAGUCGUCCCGACGUUCUUCAAUUCAGUCAGUAGCUCAGCAAGAAGCUAAGUCGUCCCGACGCUCUUCAAUUCAGUCAGUAGCUCAGCAAGAGGCUAGGUCAUCACGACGCUCUUCUACUCGUUCAACCCAUUCACUAAAGAAUCCUCUAAUCGAGUCAUGUACAACCCGUUUGGUAAUAUCUAAAUUGGUGCUCAUAAAUUUCAAGUCAUAUGCUGGUCGUCAAGAAAUUGGUCCAUUUCAUAAGUCCUUCACCUCAGUUGUAGGACCAAACGGUUCAGGAAAAUCCAAUGUUAUCGAUGCUCUUUUAUUUGUUUUUGGUUACCGGGCGAAUAAAAUGCGUCAAGCGAAAUUAUCUGGAUUGAUUCAUUCAUCACAAGGCCAUGAGAACCUCGAUAGUUGUACGGUGCAAGUCCAUUUUCACGAAAUAUAUGAUAUGCCAGAACCAAAUGAAUACGAAGUUGUCCCGAAUUCUCAAUUAGUGAUUUCGCGUCAAGCGUUCCGCAACAACAUUAGCAAAUACUUCAUCAAUAACGAUGCAAGCAAUUAUACCGAAGUGACUGCUUUGUUAAAGGAACGUGGAAUUGAUUUGGAUCAUAAACGUUUUCUUAUUCUUCAGGCAGUUGAGUCAAUAUCACAGAUGAAGCCGAAAGCACUAAAUGAGCAUGAAGAUGGCCUCUUAGAAUAUCUCGAAGACAUUAUUGGUACGUCGAAAUACAAAGCGCCUAUUGAAGAAGCGAGUAAUCAGGUAGAGAAGCUCGAUGACGAAAGAUCCGAAAAAUUGAAUCGAGUUAAAAUUGUUGAGAAGGAAAAACAAAGUUUGGAGGGGGAAAAAGCAAAAGCAGAGAUGUUUCUUCGUGACGAAAAUAUUCUUACAACAAAAAAAUCGUUUUUUUAUCAACGACAGUUGUUAGAAUGCAAGAAUAACAUCGAUAUUGCCACUGAGGCUGUUAAUGAAUGGAAAGGAAAAUUAAAUGAAGAACAGCGAAAACACGCGCAUAUUAUCGAAGAAACUAAAAAAUUGCAGGAUGAUGUGGAUGAGACGUCUCAAGAAUAUAACUUAGAGAAAUACGAAAAAGAGGACAUCGGGCUGCAGGAAAAGAAGAAACAUUCAACUACCAAACAAAAGAAACUGAUUAAAACAUUAGAAAAAGAUCGUGCAUCCCUAUCAAUCACCAAAACGUCUAUUCAAUAUCAUGAGGAAGACCUGGUCAAACGCGAGCGUGAACUUGGUCAGUUGGAGAAAUCGUUACAAAAUCAAGAAGCAGAACUGGAAAAAAUCCGGCAAAGUCUCAAAGGAAAAACCGAAGUUUACUCGGCCCAAAUUGAAGAGAAGCAAAAGGAAUUAGCUCCUUGGACCGAAAAAAUCAAUGCCAAACAAUCAAAUAUUGAUGUUUUACGGGCGGAAUAUGAAAUUAUUGAAGGCAAAACUCGGGCAAUACAGUCUUCACUUGAACAAGCGGAAAAUGAGAUCAUUACCAUUGAAGAAACUCGCAAUUCAAAGAAAACAGAUAUUGAGGCUGCUCUGGCUCUAAAAGAAAAACUUGCCGAUGAAGUUAAGCAAAUCGAAAGAAAACUUAAGAAUAACAUAGCACUACAUGAGGGGUAUCAGAAUAAUUUAAAAGACGCACGACAAAAAGCUAGCGAAGCUGAUAUUCAGCUAAAACAAGCAGAAUCAAGAGGUGCAGUGCUGAAGAGUUUGCUUAAAUUAAAAGAAAGCGGUCGUAUUAAAGGUCUUCACGAUCGCCUGGGAAAUCUCGGCGUAAUUGACGACAGAUAUGACAUUGCCAUUUCAACCGCUUGUUCCGCUUUAGAUAACAUAGUCGUGGACACGGUUGACGAUGCGCAAGCCUGCAUUGAAUAUUUGCGAAGAAACAAUUUAGGUCGUGCAACUUUUGUUGUUCUAAAUCAACUUGCGUCAAUGAAUAUGGGAAAAAUCGAUACUCCCGAGAAUGUACCUCGACUUUUCGAUCUUGUUAAACCAAAAGAACCGCAGUUCGCACAAGCUUUCUUCAAUGUCUUGCGCAAUACUCUAGUCGCGAGAAAUCUCGAGCACGCAAAUCGAAUCGCUUUUGGUCGACAACGUUGGCGGGUUGUUACUUUGGACGGAAAGUUAAUUGAUGUGUCAGGUACUAUGACUGGUGGAGGCACAAAAGUAAUGAAAGGUGGUAUGAGCUCGAAAUUCGUGCCUGAUAUCACACCUACGAUGGUGGAUGAAUUGAUUAGAGCGCAAACUCGAUGUGAAGAAAAGUGGCGAGAACUUCAAAUGGCGCAUCAAGAGUUGGAAAGUGAACUUGAACGGAAAAAAGCAGAGGCUCCCAAAGUUGAUCUUGACAUUUCGAAAUUAAAGAUGGACAUAGAUUCAAACAAAAAAAGAAUGUCAGAUGCUCAAAAGAGAGUCAUAGAAUUGCGCCAACGAAAUAAAUCAAAUCCCGAGGAUUCAAAGCGAAAACAACAACUUCAAUCAACCAUCAACAAGUUAACUCAAGAACUUGAAAAUCUCAAAACACAUCCCGCCUCGAUAGAGCAAGAAAUAAAAGAUCUACAGCAAAAGAUUCUUGAUGUCGGCGGAGGGAAACUUCGAAGUCAGAAGGCAAAAGUUGAUGAAAUGCAAGAACAAAUCGAUUCUCAUAAUGAUCGAAUAACCACGUUACAAGUGACGAAAACAAAAGCGGAAAAAGAUAUCAUAAAGUUGCAAAAUUCUAUUGAGAAAUCUGAAAAUGAGGCGGAAGAAUUGAGCUUGGAAAUAAAACAACUUGAAGAGGAGAUGCAAGAGAAAGUGUUAGAGUCUCGUGAAAUACGUAAAAAGGCCAGACAGUCGGAAGAUUUAACGGAAAAAAGACGAGAAGAUUUGGAGAAAAUUCAAAAAGAACUUGAUUCAAAAACGGAAGUGAUAAACAAAAUCAGAGCCGUAGAGGUGGAGCUCAAAAAUCGAUUAGAAGAUAAUGAACGUCAUUUAGCUGAAAAUCAACUUAGAUAUGAUCAUUGGCGAUCGUUGCAUGGAAAGCUAUCACUUCAUCAAAUCAAUGGCGGUGAAGAUUGUGAUGAGUCAGAUGGAGUUGAACUACAGAUCUACACAGAUGACGAACUAAGUGCGGUCAACAAAGAAAACCUCAAAAAGGAAAUUGAUGAACUCGAAGAGAGACUACAAAAAACCCAGCCAAACUUAAAAGUACUUGUCGAGUAUCGUCAACAUGAAGAAGAGUAUAUAUCACGCGCGCGAGAUCUCGAGGAAAUAACAACAAGUCGAGAUGCAGCGAAAAAAGAAUACGAUGAACUGAGAAAACAAAGACUCGAAAAGUUUAUGCAAGGUUUCACGUUGAUAUCUCAAAAACUUAAAGAAAUGUAUCAGAUUAUCACUAUGGGUGGCAAUGCGGAACUCGAGUUAGUAGAUAGUUUGGAUCCAUUCUCUGAGGGAAUAUUGUUCAGCGUCAUGCCACCCAAAAAGAGUUGGAAAAAUAUUUCAAAUUUGUCUGUAUUCGCAUUACAUCAUUUCAAACCGACUCCGUUAUACGUAAUGGACGAAAUUGAUGCUGCACUAGAUUUCCGAAACGUGUCGAUUGUAGCCAAUUAUAUCAAAGAACGCACCAAAAAUGCACAAUUCAUCAUAAUCAGCCUUCGAAAUAACAUGUUUGAGCUGGCAGAUCGGUUGGUGGGGAUUUACAAGACAAACAACAUGACAAAAUCCAUUAGUAUAUCACCUGAAAGUAUAAUGUAA